AGGACGUUUACUCUGGCAUACUGAGUUGGAUUGGUGCCGAAACGAGGUUUUGAGCGGGAUUCAUGGAACGCCUGGCAUCGUAGCCCCUUUGCAGACUCUUUCUGUGGAAGAACACGAGAUUUCCGGCAAAUUUACAAGUGAAGGGAUUGAUGGUUUGGGCCUACUAACCUUGCAACGAAGUCAUCAGUUAGCCAGACGGUGGCUAAUGACUCAAGGUGAACGCCCUCUGGUGUCUUGGCCAAAUCACGUCAAGGUCAAAAGUACACCUAGCUGCACCACACCACCUGGGACACCGCAAAGUGCGAGAUCGGACAAAAGUUCAUAUUUCAAAGACAAUUACGAAACAUCAUUUUCUCCUCUAAAACAAUGGAAAAUGCCAAGAAUCCAGUGGGGAAAAGAUGACCAGGAAGAGGCUCUCGCAAGAGAAGUGCAGCAUUUGCGCGGAGAAAUCGUGGGUGCUGAAGAGAGGGAAAACUUACAUCUCGCUCAAUUGGAUCAUGUUGAUGAAGUUCUACGGACCUCCCAGCUUUCCUGCUAUCUCCACACACGGACAAGAUGGACAGCUUUGUCAAUGGAAACAUCUGUGGAUGACACGGAUGUUGAUGACUGGUUGCUGCGCUUUGUUGUCAUUCGCGGAUCAUCUAUUUGCUUCUUCCUACGGGCAACAGAUUUAAGGCCGCAAGGAACAAUUAUGAGAAGUGAAAUUGUGGAUAUUGGCAUCAUCCCAAACCAUUUACAUCAUCAAGGCGAUACUCGGUGGUCGGCAUUCCACAUCACCACUUGUCAUGGCCUACGUCUGGAAUGUUCAUCACUUCUAAAGUUUCAGAUCGAUUGCUGGUUGUCAGUUAUCAAUGGGGGAUAUAACUAUGGUGACCUUUUGAGAGAAUGUUCACCUCAUACAAAAGUAGGAGAGAAGGGCCUUCAUUCUGCUGAAUCAAAUGCAACCCUUGAAAGGGAAGAAGACGCUCUUUUUGGAGAAGUUAAUUUGCAUGACGGAAAUGCUAUAUGUUAGAGACGAACUUCGACGCAAUACUCUAUAUCUGAGUUUGGUUGGGGGCUGUAUUUCCUGAAGAAUGGUGAUGGAGAACGAAUUUCGACAAAUCUGAGCGUUUUUUUUUUUAGAAAUGCGGUUCAGAUUUUCACAGUCGGAGACCUUCCAAGCCUGGCGUUAUGUAUACAUUUCGAAGUUAUUCAAGAUCUGUCGAUACCACUUGUGAAUCUGGUGCUAGUGCUUCUGUCCAUUGUACAGCCAGCAUCGGAAGAUGAUUGGCAGUAUCUCCAGUAUUUUCGAAUCUUUACGAGUGCUGCACACGGAGAAUGGUUCAGAAAUCAUGGACAACAGUACAAAAUCUAGUGCUAAUUCUUUUGAUGAGUUUGCGCUUGAUGUAUUAUAAGCGUCGUCAGUCAAGUACUUCGGCAGAUUCUGUUGCAAUGAGAAGCAAUUACAGGGAUAAAAUUGCGAUCUCAUUUUUUGGAUUUUUCAGUAGGCUUCGUUUUGGGAUAUGCCCCUUCAUAGGAGUGAAAAAAAAGUUUCUUGUGAUGAAUAGUUAUGUUAUCGCUCUGUUAGUAGCCGUCAUAUUCCCCGUGUAAAAUAGACUUGCUAUGAAAUAUAUUAUCCACAUUCAAGUGCAAAA